ACACUGAAAUUAUUGUCUUUUCGUACAUAAAAUUACUUCUAGGGUUUUUAUUUCUGUCUCAAUCUUCAUCUGCUCGCCCCAGUCAUGGGAAAGAAGAAAUCUAAAGAACCAGUAACGGUGGCCGGACCAGAUACCGUUUCAUCUCAAUCUGAUAUCUUCAAAACCAUCUUCGGUGACAUUACUGAGCCAAAUGCCGCUGCUUCUUCUCUUUUUUCCGAUGACAAUCCAUUCAAAAGAAAACCCGAAGAAACCGUCAAAAACCCUGAAAAAGUUUAUUCAUUGGAUUCAGAUAUGGUGGAAUUGAAGCAUAGGAAGCGGAAGGAGAAAGAGAAAGCAGAAAAUCUUACCUUGGGUUCUAGCGAAGAAGCUACAGAGACUCAGAAGUCAAAGAAAGGGAGGAACUCGGAAAACCUAAAUUUGGGUUCUUUAGAUAGCAAUGUUGAAAGUUCAGGUCUUGAUGCAAAAGGCAAGAAAAGGAAGAGGGAUGAAGUGGAGAAAGAGUACGAGGAAAGAAAAUAUGGGACGGUGGCGGUGGCGUCCGAUGCAGAGGAGGAGGUUGUCGUGGGGCAGAAGAGGAAGAAGCCAGAGGACGUUGGGGUAGUUGCUUUGGUUCCAAAAGAGGGGUUUGAUGAUGACAGUAAACUUAUGAGGACUGUUUUUGUAGGAAAUUUGCCUAUUAAAGCGAAGAAGAAAGUCUUGUUGAAGGAGUUCAGUAAGUUUGGAGAGAUUGAGUCUGUUAGAAUUCGAUCUGUUCCUCUAAAUGAUACUAAGAAGCCGAGAAAAGGAGCUAUAAUGUUAAAGCAAAUUAAUGAGAAUGCUGAUAGCGUUCAUGCGUACAUUGUUUUCAAAACUGAGCAAUCUGCUGAGGCAUCUUUGGCCAAUAACAUGGCUGUGAUUGCAGGGAAUCACAUUCGUGUUGAUAGGGCGUGCCCGCCGAGGAAAAAGUUGAAAGCAGAGAAUGCUCCUCUCUAUGAUAGCAGGAGGACUGUUUUUGUUGGUAAUCUCCCAUUUGACGUGAAGGAUGAAGAAAUUUAUCAGCUUUUUUGUGGUAUCAAUAAUCUGGGGUCUAGCAUUGAAGCUGUUCGGGUUAUUAGAGAUCCUCAAUUUGGUGUUGGCAAGGGUAUUGCUUAUGUCUUGUUCAAAACAAGGGAAGCGGCAAAUGUGGUUGUUAAAAAGCGAACACUGAAGCUUAGGGAUAGAGAGCUAAGGCUUUCUCAUGCCAAAUUUGAUGCUACCUCAUCUAAGAGAAAGAACCAAUCAUCUUCAGGGACAGAUAGUACCCCGGCCAAGAAGUUUGCCAUUGAUUCAAGGACUCCCUCAACUACCGGCAACAAAUCAAAUACAAAAGCUUCUUUGUCGUACCAGGGCUUGCGUGCUAGUAAAUCAGGUUUUGAGAAGAAAGUUAGUUCAAGGGGGACUAUUAGCCCUGUAAAAAUGAAAUUUAAAGCUCAAAGAAUGGAUAAGCCAAAAGAACGCUUGACCAAAAGACCAGCUGUUGCUGCUAGAAAGGCCAAGGCAAAAGUACACAAGGAUGGUAGUGUGCCCAAACAAACAGGUGUAAAACGCAAGCUGGACAGCUUCAGUCCAGCGAGUGGCUCCCAUAAGACGAAGAAGGGCAAAAUGUUUAGGUAGGAACAGAAGAAAGACCUUGUAUCAUGCUUUGAUUAAAAGCUCCAACCCGAUAGAAGUAUUGUACAAUUUUAACUGUUGUUUUAUUUGUCCAAUGUCAAGUUUGUCAUGUGAUUUUCUUAUUUGAAUUUUCAGCUACAAUUUUUAGUAUCAAAAUAUAAGGCAUAACUGGGUUUUCAAUAAUAGAUAAUUUUAUUACCA